AGACUAGGUUAAAAAAAAAAUACUCAAAAAAAUAAAUUAGGGCAACCUGAACACUAGUAUAAAGUGCUUGUGUGCGCGCAGUCGCAGCUUCUUCUCCGUCGUCUUCUGUUUUCGCUGAAGCACAGAGCAAACUCUCCGUUCACCAUUUGAUUGACCAAAAUGUUCACUUCAAGGAAGAAAAUCAGCAAGGAUAACAAGGCUGAGCCCACUGAAUUUGAGGAGACUGUUGCACAGUACCUGUUUGAUUUGGAGAACACCAAUCAUGAAGUGAAGAGUGAUUUGAAAGAUCUCUACAUAAACCAAGCAAUUCAAGUUGAUGUGGCUGGGAAUCGCAAGGCUGUAGUCAUCUAUGUGCCCUACAGAUUGAGGAAGUCCUUCCGCAAGAUUCAUCCUCGUCUUGUCAGAGAGCUGGAGAAGAAGUUCAGUGGGAAGGAUGUUGUCUUUAUUGCCACUAGAAGGAUUGUACGACCUCCAAAGAAAGGGGCUGCUGUUCAGCGACCCCGAACCCGCACUUUAACUGCUGUCCAUGAUGCUAUGCUGGAGGAUGUUGUGUAUCCUUCAGAGAUUGUUGGCAAGAGAAUCAGAUAUAGACUUGAUGGAUCAAAAAUAAUGAAGGUUUUCUUGGACCCCAAGGAGCGCAAUAAUGCUGAAUACAAGUUGGAGACUUUUUCUAAAGUUUACAGGAAGCUUACUGGGAAAGAUGUAGUUUUCGAGUAUCCUAUUACAGAAGCCUGAAAUGCUGCUUGGUUUAUUGGAAUGUUUGGCGUUACAGAUUAUGUUCCCACACUAUAUCCAAUUUGUUGACUUGUGGGAUUUUUGUUUGAUGCUUGUCAUUAAAACUAUAUUAUACCAUUGAGCUAUUUAGAGUGCUUCUUGAGGCCCUGAAUUCAUGUUGCAUUAUUUUCAGUUUAUCUUGAUACAGUAUUACUUUUAGCCCCUCAAUUUAAGAGUUUUUUUUA